AUGAGCCCUUCAGCAGUCGAAGGAAAUGGGGUUGCAGACGUCAAGACGACUCUCAAGCCUAACAUUGGCGUUUACACCAACCCCAACCAUGAUCUCUGGGUAACGGCCGCUGAACCCUCUGCUGAAGCCGUCAAGUCCGGCUCCGACUUGAAGCACGGCGAGGUCAGUGUUGCUAUCCGUAGCACUGGUAUCUGCGGCUCCGAUGUUCACUUCUGGCAUGCUGGUUGCAUCGGUCCUAUGAUUGUAGAGGGCGACCACAUCCUGGGCCAUGAGUCGGCCGGCGAGGUUAUCGCCGUGCACCCGUCUGUCAGCCAUCUCAAGGUUGGCGACAGGGUCGCUGUCGAGCCAAAUAUCCCCUGCGGUACCUGCGAGCCCUGCCUUACUGGCCGAUACAAUGGUUGUGAGAGCGUCCUGUUCCUGUCAACACCACCUGUUCCUGGCAUGUUGCGCCGAUAUAUCAACCACCCGGCUGUCUGGUGUCAUAAGAUUGGAAAUAUGUCUUUUGAGAACGGCGCUCUCCUCGAGCCCCUCAGUGUUGCCCUUGCUGGCAUGCAGAGAGCCCAGGUCGCCCUGGGAGACCCCGUCCUGAUUUGCGGUGCUGGACCUAUCGGGCUGAUCACCCUUCAGUGCUGUGCUGCCGCAGGUGCUUCUCCUAUCGUCAUCACGGACAUUUCAGAGAGCCGGUUGGCAUUUGCUAAAGAGCUCUGCCCUCGCGUGAUUACACACAAGGUCGAGCGACAGUCAGCUGAAGAUUCCGCCAAAGCAAUUGUUAAGACCUUUGGAGGUAUCGAGCCCAGUAUUGCUCUGGAGUGCACCGGUGUCGAAAGUAGCAUUGCCGCUGCCGUCUGGUCAGUUAAGUUUGGUGGCAAGGUGUUUAUCAUUGGCGUCGGAAAGAACGAGAUCAACAUCCCCUUCAUGCGCGCAAGUGUACGAGAAGUCGACAUUCAGCUACAGUACCGUUAUUGCAACACCUGGCCCAGAGCUAUCCGCUUGGUUGAGAACAACGUAGUUGACCUCUCAAAGCUCGUCACUCACAAGUUCAAGCUUGAGGAUGCCAUCAAGGCGUUUGAGACGUCGGCAGAUGCCAAUAGCGGGGCCAUCAAGGUCAUGAUCCAGAGCUUGGAUUGA